AUGGAUGUCGGCAGCUUGCUACUCUUGUGCCGGGCCCGCUUGACGGCGGCUGUCGGCGUGCCGUCAGGAAGAGCCGUGCUUGCUGCGGCAGGUGCAAUCUUGGUCCUGGCAGCAGCUGCCCUUCCUCUGCUUGGCCGGCAUGGCUUCCUAGCCUGGUCCAAGCCUCCGAGCGCGCGCUUUGCAGCGCUGCUGGCUCUUCGGGCGCUUCUCUUCCCGUCUCUGGCCGAGGAGGCCUUCUGGCGUGCAACCAUGCUGCCCAACGCCCACACAGACCUGUCCGAAGGUUUGACUUCGGACUGGGGAAUGCUGCCUAGGCUGUCGGCGCAGCAGUGGUUGUGGGUGCUUGCUUGCCUGCUGCUCUUCGUGGCAAUGCACCUGGCCUCUGGCCCGUUGUUGUCUCGGGUUGGCGCGACCCACGACCAGGGCAGGACCUUCCAUGACGCGCGGUUCUUGUAUCUUGCGACGAUGCUGGGCAUCGCCUGCAGCAUCGUGUACUUGGGCUCAGGCAAUCUGUGGGCAGCGACGCUGGUUCACUGGCUGCCGGUCUGCGUGUGGCUGCUUUUCCUGGGAGGGGAGAGAAGGCUUCGCGGAGUGAGCGACACGAGCGAAGAGUCGACCUCGGACGAGAGCAGCGCAGAGGGCUCCCUGCGAAAACAGCUGCUGCGCAAGCGGAAAACUGUUUUUUGCCAACCAAGAGAUGGAACAGAAACAUAUCGAUUGUAG